AUGAGAACUCUCUACCGUAUGGAACAAGUAAGAGGAGAUUCAACACGAAUUCAAGCAAUGGUUCCACUUCAGAAGGAUGAACCACAGGAAUAUUGUCCAAGAAUAGAAGAUAUCGCAGGAAACUGCAAAGAUGAUGGACCGAAAGUGUGUGCGAAGUACAUGACGAACACUUAUAAGAUUAAUGCUUUUAAUUGCACAUGUGACAACAUCGUCAUGUUACGCCAUACCAAGCGUUUUUGCGAAUGUCUGCAACUGUGUUCAGACCACCCUCCACCUCCACCUCCACCGAUGCGCCUCUUUAAAUAA